AUGGUAAUUUCAAAGGUGGCUUCAAAAUGUUCACCUAAAAAUGUUACACAGUCUAUGGUUUUAGUACCGAGCAGGAACAUUGCAUCAAGAAAAGGUUUUGUGAAACCAAUAGAUCCAAAAGAAAUUAUUCAUCCAUUUUAUAGACCAUCUCAAAUUGAAGAAUUCACAUUAUGUAGUACUGAAAGAAACCCUUCGUUAAUGGAUGGUAAGCCAGUUUUUCCUAUCAGUUUACCACUGUUAUCAACGUCUGUGUUACCUCAGUUGUUAUAUAAAAAAAUUAUAUUCCCUAGUGUACGUAAUAUUGUGCCUUGGCUAAAGAAGUUUAACUAUAUUAGAAUAAAAAAUUACUCUGAUGAAUAUUAUACAAUAGAUUUCAAACCUUUGGAAAUGCCAACGGUUGAAUCGAAAUUAACAAUUACAAAUUUCCCAGAAUUGAAAAUUUUAGUGGAUUUAUUAGAAAAUACUAAUGGUGGCAGAACUGACAUACACAAUUUUGAAUUAUGCUUAAACAAUAUUUUACAAAAACGAAUGUCAACUAGACUAUUUGUGGAAGAUAUAUACAUAUAUCUGAUUCAAAAUUACGUCACUACUAUACCUAAAUUAAUAUUAGUGACCAAAUCGAUUAAAAAUCAUUUAAAUAAUGGUAUUGAUCAUUUAUCCAUCUUAGAAAAAUUGGUGAAUGAAAUACUUUACCUCGUGCAUUCAAAAAAGUUCACCAUGGAUUUGGUACUCAUGAACACUUUUAAUGGUUUGUUGAAGGAGGCGGACAAUAAAUUUAAUACCCAUUCUUCUAAAUUUGGAUUUUCAGAAACGACAAAAGAAUCUUUACUAAUGUUAUAUAUUCAAGCAGAAGAUAUUCACUCUAGUAAAGAAUUGCUAGGAAACUUGAUCUCAAAAAAAAGUUAUCCCAAGGAUGAAAUUAUCUUAGCAUAUUUGGACCUCAUUAAUAAGGCUGUUUAUAAGAGUAAUCCAGAAAAUGCCAUUUUGCAAAGGUUAUCCUACACAUCUAAUUUUUUUAAUAUAAUAAAUCACACUACAAACCCUGAGAUUUUAAGGUUUUUUAUUCAUAAUUCAAGGCAUUUCAAGGAAAUCCAAUGCGUUUUGGAUAUGAUACUAAAGAAAAAGAAUAGAAAGGACAUUGUAUUACCACUAUGCAUAGAUCUAAUUGAAAAAACUGUCUCGGUUUCUGACUCUGCAGUUUCAACUUCACUAAACUUAACAAGAUUAAGUGAUUAUUUUGAGACGAUGUUAGGAAUGAAUGUUCGUAUUGAAGCUAAAGAAGUUUUUAUGAAGAAAUAA